AUGUCUGUUCCUCCAGAAGCUCUCCAAAAGCUCCUUGUGGAGAUGGAUACCCAACUGAAAGAAAAAAAGGAAGAAUUGAGCAUCACAAAUCUCAGCUUGUCGCGGUUGGCUCAACAAAAUAAGGUUCUCGAAUUACAGAUCCAGGAGAUUACAAACUCGGGCAACGCAAAUGUGUGGGAAAGCUGUGGAAAAACGUUUUUGACGACCAAGUCUGAGGACUACAUCUCUAAGCUGAAACAGCAAAUCAAUGACAAUAAAGACUCCAUCAAUAGCCUGGGAAAAAAACAAAAUUACCUCGAGACAACGGUGAAGACUACUUAUGAUAACAUGCGCCAGCUUCUAGGGCCCGAGACUACCUCCAAAUCUGCAUAG